AUGUCUCAGAGCAGGCAUCGUGCCGUGGCUCCGCCGCUGAAGUGUGAGGACAGUGGGACCUUCAGUUUGGGGAAGAUGAUCACAGCUAAGCCAGGGAAAACACCAAUUCAGGUAUUACAUGUAUACGGCAUGAAGACCAAGAAUAUCCCAGUUUAUGAAUGUGAAAGAUCCAAUGUGCAAAUACACUUGCCCACUUUCACCUUCAGAGUAACUGUUGGUGACAUAACCUGCACAGGUGAAGGUACAAGUAAGAAGCUGGCGAAACAUAGAGCUUCUGAGGCUGCCAUAAACAUUUUGAAAGCCAGUGCAAGUAUUUUCUUUGCAGUUCCUGAUCCCUUAAUGCCUGACCCUUCCAAGCAACCGAAGAACCAGCUUAAUCCUAUUGGUUCAUUACAGGAAUUGGCUAUUCAUCAUGGCUGGAGACUUCCUGAAUAUACCCUUUCCCAGGAGGGAGGACCUGCUCCUAAGAGAGAAUAUACCACAAUUUGCAGGCUAGAGUCAUUCAUGGAAACUGGAAAGGGGGCAUCAAAGAAACAAGCCAAGAGAAAUGCUGCUGAGAAAUUUCUUGCCAAAUUCAGUAAUAUCUCUCCAGAGAACCACAUUUCUUUGACAAAUGUGGUAGGACAUUCUUUAGGUUGUACUUGGCAUUCCUUGAGGAAUUAUCCUUGUGAAAAGAUCAACUUACUGAAAAGAAGCCUCCUCAGUAUUCCAAAUACAGAUUACAUCCAGCUGCUUAGUGAAAUUGCAAAGGAGCAAGGUUUUAAUAUAACACAUUUGGAUAUAGAAGAACUGAGUGCCAACGGACAGUAUCAAUGUCUCGCUGAAUUGUCCACCAGUCCCAUCACAGUCUGUCAUGGCUCGGGGAUCUCCUGUGGCAGAGUGGCGCAGAGUGAUGCAGCUCACAAUGCUCUGCAGUAUUAA